AUGCCAUCCCUCACCCGAGGUCAGCGACGCCUGCUGCAGUAUGCCACGCGCGACAGCGACACUUCGCAUUUGAAGAGAAAAUGUGCCGAGGAGGUCGCACCCGUGUUGCGGCAGCGGAAACAAAAGCGACGCUGUAGUUCUGCAAGCACAACAGAGACAGCGGAAACGUCAAAGUCGUCUCUUCCACUUUGCAGCGAGGUACUCAAGUUUGUGCAGCAGCACUGCCCGCAGGCCCCCCGCAAACUCAGUCAAAGUCAACUUCGUUUAGUUGACAGCCUCAGUAACCCUGGAAACGAGUCCACUGGCAAGGAGGUAAAUGACGCGUUCUCAGUUAAGCGAAUGGAGGUCACAGAGCGCGUGAACGGCUUCGAUGUGGUGGCGUUUGCGGCUCUGCAGCGGCGCGCACUGUUGCCUCUCGAAACGUCUCAUGGUGCCUCUCUUCUGGUCCUUGUCGAGGAUGACGCUGACGCCAAAGCUCUGGCUGAUCAUGUUUCAGACCGAUACAACAUCAAGCAUACGCUGGUAAUGGACGGCUCUCGCUUUCCCACAUAUCCGACGCUGCCCGACGACGCGGAGACGGACACAGUGCUGAUGGGGCACACCGUGUUGGUGAUCGGCUCGCUCCAGUCAUUCCUUGCUGUUGAUGCGCGGAGUGCAGUGUGGAAGUUUAUUGGUGCCUAUGUUGUGCUGUUAAAGUCGUCGUCCGGUACUACCGCGGCGUCGAAGAGAAUGACGGAGGAGGCGAGGCAGGAGUUGUUGCUGAAGUUGUGCCGGCAGCGCUGGCGCUGUGUGGGCCAUGUCCAUCUGGCCGCCGUGAUGGCGCCGUCCCGGCAAGCCCUGUUCGCCCCCUUAGCGGACGCACUUACGACCUCUAUGCCUGCUACAGGCGUAGAGAAGAACACUAUCACUGCUGGGAGUAGCGGCAUCAGUAAAAAUCAGGAGACUGUGGUCACUGCUGUCCGCCGUCCUGUAACGGCUCACUACGCUGUAGUGGAGGGCAGCCACCGCUUUCAGACACUCUACGCGCUGCUGAUGAGCCUUCGCGCAGAAGAGGGCGUGGUUGUCCACUUCGCCACCAAGGAGGCCUGCCAGUUCAUGUAUGAUGCCAUUUAUGCACUGGGGGAGCUUCCAUCGUCACUGCUGCUGCUUACCGACUAUGAGGGGGCAAGCUCAUACGCCUCUGUGCAGGAUAACGAUGCGGAUCGUCAACGUGUGUGCACCCAGUUUGACAAGGUUGUCGUGGAGGCCUCACAGCAGAACUCAUCGGGUGAAAAGCGAAAGGACCGUGUUGUAUUGUUCUCUGCUUUUGGACUUGUACCUCAGAGGGGUACCAUCUUCGUUCAGUACGACAUUAUGGUUGACAUUGUGAACUUUGCGCAGUUCGUCAGCGACGUUCUUACGCCGGCGGCCUACAAUGAAGUGGCCAUGGAUCCUUCUAUCCGACGCCGCUCCCGCACACCACCACCACUUGGGGAUCGGAAAGAAUCUAGAAGCGGUGCUGCUAGUAAGGCCGGUGCGCCGCCUCCUGCAAAGACCAUGUACCAGCAUAUUCUCGUGCUUCUGCGACGGAACGAGCUGCAGGGUGCCCUGCGACAUCUUCAAGGCCCCGCGAAGCGGCUGCAGAUAACUUUUGAGCAGAUGCCGCAGCUGCCGUCGGCUACACGUUUUCUCCUAUCGGUGCAGAAGAUGCGGUCGUUGCACAAGAAGCAGUUCGCGGUACAGAACGCCGCCUACGCCGCUUACCGUGCAACGAUGCUAUUGUACUCCCUCAUCGGCCCUGCAGCAGUUUACAAUGAGCGGCGUGUCGACCUUGCGAAGGUGGCGGAGGAGUUUGGCUACGCGGAGAUUCCGCUUUUGGACCUCCGCACACGCGAUACCGCAUUCCGGCCGAAGGAAGACAUCUUCCGUGCAGCGCGAGAGCAGGCACUGCUGGAGCGGCGACAGAUGCGGGCGUAUGUGCGCGAGCACAUCAUCGGCGUGGCCCCCGAGGCACACGUCGCGGACGAUGAGGCGGAAGAGUAG